AUGAAAGAUGAUGUUGCUAGUAUUAUAGACUAUCUAGACACGUCUAGUGUCACUCAAACAACAUAUGGUCUUCACAUUCUAGACCACUUGUUAUUUCGACUUAUUGCAGAAAUCGAAACCCAAUCGGAGUCACACCCGUCUGAGUUGCUCCAAGAAUUUAUUGACACACAAGACAACGUGGCUUUCAAUUUGGUUUCGUAUUUAGUCGAUGCUUAUAGAUAUGACCUACCUGAAAAAGAGCAACUUUUACUCAAUAGAUCUAUUCAAGGCUGCUUGUUGAUUCAUCCCGCAUCGAGGCUUGUGUUCAACCGGGCAAAGAACAUGAAGAGAUUGUUACAUGUAUUGAGCGACCUGCCAAAAACCUCAAUAACCGUUGCAGUCAUCUCUACAUUGAUUCAUGUUUUGUUAAAGUGUCCAACCAACUAUCGUGUUUUUGAAGCUUGUGGGGGUUGUAGUAUUGUCAUUAGACAUUUGCGACUAAAUUCAGCUGAUGAGAUUUCUCAACCAGCAGCCACAGCAACAACAUCAGUAUCCGGGCAAAUAGCUCGUACAUCGACAUCGCUGGCUUUUGAUCAACAGACUUUAAAUUUUAAAAUAAUCGAAUUCUUGAUGCUUUAUUUGUCGGAAGAAGAAGAACAAGAAGAACAAGAAGGGGAAGGAGAAGGGUUUGAUCACUACAAACAAAGAAAGACUGUUCAAGAAAAAGCAAAACUAUUUGAAAAAGAAUUUCCAGAGAUUGAUUUAUUGAUUGAGAAUCUCAACUCAUUAGGUAGCUUACAAUGA